CCUUGGGGUAGGUACGACCUUAUGGUAUAUGCACUUUCUUGUCUCAUCGAUGCAAGUGUAUAUAAUGUAAGGUAGGCGCCUACCUCAUAACCUUUAGGUAAUAUCCUCAAUGAUAUCAAAUACCUAUACGCAUACAUACCUCACCUAUACACAUACACACAUCAAUGUAUAGAACUACUAACUAGCAACAUACAUAACAAAUCCGUAAAAGCAAUAGUCUAAGAUAUGAGCAAGUAGGAUAGAAGAAGCCAAGACUACCUAAUAAGUAGCUCUACUUAGACAGGUACCUUAGGUAGACUACCUAUAUGUACAUGUACAUAGCUACAGCUUCGAAGCUACAAGACAUCUCAUCCCGCCUCUCCUCGACUUCGCGACAAGGCGAAUAACCGCAUCAUAUUCCUAGGAACAUACUCUGCUGCGGUCAACAGCUCUAAUAUAAUACCGCUUCACUAUGGAUCCUAAUACAUUCUAUUUUAGGGGACGUAAAAAUUCUAAGGAAACGAGCAUCUCACCGCCACCCCCUCAACGAACCGGUUCCUCUUCGAGCUUACACAAAUCUGGUCAUGUCGUAGGCCACAGCCAUCGUUCAAGUCUCGCAGAGAAUCUGAGGGGCUUGCCGCCUUCCCCGCGAAAUCAGCGACACCCAUCUUUCACCCAGGCCGCUCUUCAGGAAUUACUCAACCACCCGCCAGCUCCGAAGCAGCAGAAUCCUCGCUUCGCCGGGAGGGAUUGGCGCGAUGUUGCAAUCGGGGAGCUCGUGUCGAAAGAUGACAUUUCCUGGGUAGAAUUGGAUACCAGCGUGCAGGAUGCCACAAUGGCGCUCCUCAAGAAUACCUCGAGCAACGUCGUUAUCAUACGAGAGAAUGCUACCAGCACCAUUCCCAUCUCCACAUUCGAUUACAACGACUUAAACGCUUACAUCCUAGUCGUGGUCGGAUUAGCGCAUCCAAGCGAUGACUUGGUAGAAUUGUACGAUUCCAUAGCAAGAAGGGCACAGGCUAGAGAUAGCAUACCGCUCCGCGAUAUCCAGCCGAUUUGUCGGAAAGAGUCUCUUAUCACUCUGCAGGGAGAUGAAGACCUGGCUAAGGCGAUCGAGGUCUUUGGCAGCGGUGUACACCGUGUGCUCGUUCGCAAUCACAAUGCUGAAGUGAUUGGUAUCCUAAGUCAGUUGAAGCUUUUAGAAUUCUUCUGGCACGAGGGUAUUAACUUCCGCGUCAUCGAUGAUUUGUACCCUAAGCUCUUGCGCGAGGUUGGCAUUGGCUCCCAGCAAAUACUAGCUGUCAACGCAGAUAGUCCAUUGACAGAGGCGCUCAAUCUUAUGAACGAGGAAGGCCUGUCAAGCGUAGCCGUCGUUGACAACGCCUUGAACGUCGUCGGCAAUAUUUCCACGGCCGACGUCAAACUCCUUACCAACGCAACUAGCCUCCCAUUACUACAGAAUUCAUGCAUGCAUUUUAUAUCGGUCAUAUUGACCGAGGAAGGUGUCGAGAAAGGGAAGGAUUCAUUCCCUGUCUUCUACGUUAACCCUUAUUCGACACUUGCACACACGGUGGCUAAGCUAGUCGCUACCCGUUCACAUAGGAUGUGGAUCGUAGAGUCUGCGUCUCCGUCUCCUUCCGCACCAGGAACCCCUUCGCUAGGCCCCACCGUCUUCGUCCCGACUCCAUCUUCUUCGCAGACCUCUCUUACCGGUAGCCAUUUCCCUUCGGCUCCUCCAGCUUCUACCCUGCAGAGGUCUCACCUGUCUGGCCGCCUGACUGGUGUCGUUACCUUGACGGACGUUCUCAACCUCUUUGCAAGAUCCACCGGGUUAAAUCCCUCGGAUCCGAGCGAGCAGCGCGCAAGGAGGCGAAGGAGUUCGAGCAGUUCUGUGCGCCCGUCUAUCGAGUCUGCUCGUGCCAGUCUUGAUAUUCGACGCUAGGGGGGUACGAAGUUAUGACAUUGCGCAUAUGGGAUUCAAGAGUUCAGAGGGGCUCGGUUUUACUACAAUAGCAGCGUCACUAUGCUGCAUAGUUUCUAUUACCAUCUCGCAACGAUGCUCAGGACUGGGUUUCUUAUCCAUCUUCAUAUCAGCAGUAGAGAGGGAGGGGGGAUCGGUUAGUGGUGCCUCGAUCGUGCACAACAUUUUGGGUUCAUAGCGCAAUGAAUGAUGCUUACGAGACAUUUAUUAUUUGGGGGUCGGUAGAGUAGACUUGCUCCCGGCUUCUCUCUUUACGAAAUCAUGGUCGGAGUUCCUUGGAUAUAUGCAAGUAUUCUUAGCUUUCCCGUUAUUACUUACUACACGACAAUAAUUCUUAGUUAGGGACAAGGCUUCGGCUCCGAACGAAUAAAUAUUUAAGGGGCAAUUUUCUGCUGUUACCAUAUUGUUCUUGGUAAAUACUAAUAGCAACUAAUAUAUGUGUAAAGACUUGCCAAUGCCGGGUAUUGACCUCGUAGAUAGGGUAAGGGAU